AUGAAUGAAAAGGAAGAAAUUCGGCCAUCACCACCGCCGACUAUACCUGACAACAAUAACGAUGAUCCAUUCGGUAACGCGGAUGAUGCCUUGAAAAAGGAACUUGAGGCACUAGAGAUCAACAAAGCAAUACAACCCAAGGACAACAACAACGACAACAAUGAAUCAGAUCAAGAUGGCAAAAAGAAAAAGAAGAAGAAGAAAGAGAAAAAGAAAGCGGUAUCGAUCUUUAAGCUAUUUCGAUUCAGCACGCCGAUGGAUCGGCUCAUGAUUAUCAUCGCUAUGAUCGGAUCAGCAUACACCGGUGCCAUUCUCCCAGUAUCCAUUUUGAUUUUUGGAAGACUUAUUCGCAGCGUGGGCCAAUCAGUUGUUGAUUCAAGUGACCUUCUCGAUCAAACGCAUCCUACAAUUCUCAUCAUGGUUUACCUUGGUACAUCCGUACUUGUUGCUGCCUACUUUGCUUCAUGCUUCUGGAUCAUCACCGGUGAAAGACAAACGAGAAAAAUUCGAAUGCUAUACUUGCAUAAUGUGCUUCGACAAGAUAUGGGUUGGUUUGACAAAGCGGAACAAGGCUCACUCACGACGCGCUUGGCAGCUGAUACACAAACCAUACAAGAUGGUAUCUCAGAAAAAUUCGGCUUGUUUGUUAUGUGUAUCGCCCAAUUCAUUACUGGCUAUAUUGUCGCCUUCGUCAAUGGUCCAAAAUUGGCUGGUGUCAUGUUGGCUGGUGUACCCUUGAUGGUUGGCACUGGUAUCACUAUGGGCAAGCUCAUUACAAAGUACACUCUCAAGGUCCAAACAUCCUAUGCACUUGGUGGCGCCGUCGCUGAACAAGUGUUUGCUGGUUUACGUACAGUGUAUAGCUUUUCCUUACAAGAACGAUUUACAAAGCUAUUUGAGGAAAAGCUCGUUGCAUCACGUGUGAUGGGAUUCAAGCGUGGCAUUGUCACUGGAAUGGGUAUGGCUUGCUUUAUGACAACUCUAUUCUUCACCUACGCUUUGGCCCUUUGGUGGGGUUCUCAGCUUGUUAACCAAGGUUACUUCGAUGGCGCAUCAGUGCUUAUUACAUUUAUGUCGUUGAUGAUGGGGUCAUUUGCCUUGCUUCAACUGUCUCCAAACAUGUCUGCAGUCUCUAGUGCGUGCGGUGCAGCAUUUUCAAUCUUUGAAACUAUCGAUCGGGUGCCUGAAAUCGACCCUGACUCCAAAGAAGGCAUUUUUCCUAAGGAACUUAAGGGCCACAUUGAAUUCAAGAACGUGCAAUUCAAAUAUCCAACACGCCCUGAUCUUGUCAUCCUUAAGGAUUUAUCACUCACUAUCAAGCCUGGUAUGACGGUCGCUUUUGUUGGUCCUUCUGGCUCAGGCAAAUCUACGUCUAUUCAAUUGCUACAACGCUUUUAUGACCCUGCAGCAGGACAAGUGCUCCUUGAUGGUCAUGAUCUUCGAUCCUACAAUGUGCGUGCCUUGCGACAACAAAUUGGUGUCGUCGGCCAAGAACCUGUACUAUUCAAUAUGACAAUCAAGCAAAAUCUUCUUAUGGGCGUCGCUGAUCCCGAAAAGGUGUCACAUGAAGAGAUUGUGGAAGCUUGUAAGAAAGCCAACUGCCAUGGAUUCAUUAGUCAGCUUCCCGAGGGAUACAAUUCAUUGGUUGGUGAGCAUGGUGGUAUGCUUUCAGGUGGCCAAAAGCAACGUGUUGCUAUUGCCCGUGCCAUCCUCAAGAAUCCUACGAUCCUGUUGCUCGAUGAGGCUACAUCUGCUCUUGAUACUCAAUCCGAAAGACUUGUUCAACAUGCAUUGGAUGCUGCAGCUGUCGAUCGUACCACUAUCGUUGUCGCGCACAGAUUGAGUACCAUUAGAUCUGCUGAUCUUAUUGUUGUUAUGCACCAGGGUGAUUUGAUUGAAAGGGGCACGCAUGAAGAAUUGGUCCGACUUGGUGGUGUGUAUGCUGAUUUGGUCAAGAAGCAAGAAAUUGCACUCAGCCGCAACGACCAAGAUGGAAAAGAGAUUCAUGAAGAUACCAAGACUUUGAUACAACAAGAAGAACUCGAGCUAAAGAACGAGCUUACAAAGAUGGAAUCGAUCGAUGUACAAGUGCUGCCCAAUGGUCGUCGUGUUAGUACCGUUUCCUCAGUCGAUGCCUUCCAACUCAAAUUGCAAAAGGAAAAGGAGCUCAAGAAGCAAACCAAACAACAAAAGGCUCCCGUAUUCAGGGUGCUAAGGGAUAUGCGACCUGAAUGGCCUCUCAUGGCAAUCGGCUUAUGUGGUGCAGCUUUGGCUGGUGCUAUCUUCCCAUGCUUUGCCUUUGCCUUUUCUCAAGUCAUUGUCAUUUUGAGUGAUCCUACCAAGGCUUACAUGAUUGAUCAAGGUCCAGUGCAAGGCACCAAUAUGUAUGCAUUCAUUUUCGUCUUUAUUGCUGUUGCUGCAUUUAUCGGUUUUGGAGCCCAAGGCGUUGCGUUUGAAUUGGCUGGCGAACGAUACACCGAACGAUUGAGAAUUAGAAUCUUCAGAGCUUUGAUGCGUCAAGAAGUUGGCUAUUUUGAUCAAGAGGAAAACAGCAUGGGUGCCUUAACGACGAAGCUUGCUGUGGAUGCAAAGAAUGUCAAUGAGCUUGUGACCAAAGUAUGGGGCGAUUUUAUUCAAGUGAUUGUCACUGCCAUUGUUGGCUUGGUCAUUGCAUUUGUCUACUCGUGGGCUCUUACAUUGGUAAUUUUGGCUACCAGCCCUAUCAUCAUCUUUGCCAAUGGUUCCGAAUCCAAAAUCCGCAGCGGUUAUGAAGACAACACCAAGAAGGCCAACGCACAAUGUGGCGAAGUUGCUGGUGAAGCCAUUAAAGAAGUGCGUACGAUCACCGCUCUCAACAAGCAAGGACAUUUUGAAGGCCGUUACGACAAGGCGUGUGAACAUCCUCAUCGACUUGCUAUUCGCAAAGCCGUUCUUGCAUCCAUUGGAUUUGCUCUUUCUCGUGGUUUCAACAUGUAUGUCAAUGCGAUUGCAUUCUAUGCCGGUGUUCGCUUUAUUAUGAAUGGAUGGAUCGACUUUCAGCAAAUGUUUACUGCAUUGAUGGCUAUCAUGAUCACUGCUACCAACGUGGGUCGUGCUAGUGUGUUCACUGCUACUUACACCAAGGCCAAAUUCUCUGCUAUUUCCGCAUUCGCUGUGCUUGAUCGUGAACCCAAAAUUGACCCUGAUCUUGAAGGCAUUGAACCGGAGACCGUGGAUGGCAACGUUGAAUUCAAGGAUAUCACAUUUGCUUACCCCGCACGCCCUGACAACCCCGUAUUCACUGGAAAUUUUGGAUUUCAAGGCAAGGCAAACCAAACGAUUGCAUUGGUGGGCCCUUCAGGCUGUGGCAAGUCAACGACUAUUGGCAUGUUGUUGCGUUGGUAUGACCCAACGACAGGUACCAUUCGUAUCGACGAGCACAAUGUCAAUAGCUUCAGCCUUGGCAAUCUUCGAUCGCACAUAGCUUGGGUUGGUCAAGAACCUGUAUUAUUUGAUAUGACGAUUCGAGAAAACAUUUGCUUUGGUGUCGAGGAAGAAAACGUGUCCCAAGAACGUGUCGAAGAAGCAUGUCGUGCCGCAAACAUCCACAAGUUCAUCGAAGGAUUGCCACAACAAUACGAUACAAGAGUCGGCGACAAGGGUUCUCAACUUUCUGGUGGCCAAAAGCAACGUAUUGCUAUUGCUCGUGCAUGGCUUCGUAAGCCAAGAAUUCUCUUGUUGGAUGAAGCAACUUCCGCUCUUGAUAGUGAAUCAGAGAAAUUGGUGCAAGCUGCUCUUGACAAGGUCGUUGGUGAAGGAGGUCGAACAACUAUCACCAUAGCUCAUCGCUUAAGUACCAUACAAGGAGCAGAUUUGAUCUGUGUGGUCAAGGAUGGACGCGUUGCUGAGCAGGGAACUCAUUGGGAAUUGCUCAAGCUGAAUGGCAUCUAUAGUGAACUUGUCCACCAACAAUCGCUUAAUGUUGCCAACUAA